GCGACUUCGGUCCGACAGUUGGUCGCUUAUCGAUAGGCUCGCCCGUUCCCGUGGAGGAAAAAAGUUCGGGCCUGUUAUCAAACACCAUAAAUCUUCCAACCCCAUUUAUUCUCCUCUCCCUCGAUCUUCCCACCAUUUUUCUCGUGGGUUUGAUAAGAUAAUCUUAACAAAAUGGUGAAGAGAAAGUUGGGAGCCUUGGAAAAGGUUGAGGCGGACCUGCCCAACCUACAGCAUAAGAUUCGAAGAGAUCCGAAGUCUUACAUCGAAGAUUUCCGCGCUCAACAUUACCAAUAUGAGAGUCACCGAGAAAUUUUCAUGGCGGCACCCACGUCGGCCACCGAUACGGGAAUUAUCUCAUUGCGCGAACUGAUUGAUUUCGUCGCUCAUGUUGCCGACUGUUACCCAGACAUCACAAAGGACUUCCCUCAGCAGCUCAUGGAUGUCUUGACGCAGCACCACUUGGUCUUGGAGCCGGAACUUCGAGAGAAGAUCGUCGGGAGUCUGGUAUUGCUCAGAAAGAAAGAGCUUCUUGACUCUGCUACAUUGCUUCAGACAUUGUUUCCUAUUCUCAUCACGACGCCUAGCAAAACUUUACGAGCAUUAAUCUUCCAAAAGAUCCUAAUGGACCUUCGUUCUUCAAAUGCUAAGACAACAAAUCACAAGCUCAAUCGCACCAUGCAGACUGUCCUCUAUAACUUGGUGACAUCAGAUCGUGUCUCAUCCAAGGGCCUAUGGGCUAUCAAGCUCAUCCGUGAGUUAUGGAAGCGGCAGAUUUGGUCGGAUGCGAAGACUGUUGAGGUCAUGAAGGAGGCUAGUUUAUCAGAGAAUGAGAAGGUCAUCAUUGGUGGUGUUCGCUUUUUCUUGGGCGGAGAUCAAGAGCGCGAAGAUAUGGAAGAUGAGAGCAGCGAUGAGGAAGCUAUAGACAUUGGGAAGGUCAAGCAUCAGGUCGGUAUUAACAAGAAGACCAAGAAAAAGGCCCGCGCUGUUGAGAGAGCGAAAGCGACUGUCAAGAGAAAAGAGCGCAAGAAGAAUCAACCCCACCCUUUGAACUUUUCUGCACUGCAUCUUCUGCAUGAUCCACAGGGCUUCGCAGAGACUUUGUUCUCGAAACACCUGCAAAAUACCAAGUCGAAGCUCAAUUUGGAGCAAAGGCUUCAGGUUUUGCAACUUGUGACCCGUCUCGUCGGAUUGCAUAAGCUGCAUAUUAUGCAACUGUACUCUUAUUUCCAGAAAUACCUAACUCCACGACAACCUUCAGUCACUUCAUUCUUGGCAUCUCUUGCGCAGGCGUCUCAUGACUUGGUCCCCCCGGAUGUCCUUGAACCGCUUGUCCAAAAGAUUGCAAAUGAGUUCGUAUCUGAAGCAUCGGCAUCACUGGUUGCUACCGCUGGUCUCAAUGCUAUCAGGGAGAUUUGUGCACGACAACCCCUUGCAAUAGACGAAACAUUGUUACAAGACCUUGUGUUGUACAGGAAGAGUAAGGACAAGGGUGUUGUGAUGGCAGCCCGGGGUUUACUCGGUCUCUACAGGGAUCUGAAUCCAGAAAUGCUAAAGAGAAGAGACCGCGGUAAGGAGGCAUCUAUGGGUCUGCGCUCGGGAGAAAAGAAGGAGAAACGGUUUGGAGAGGAAACAACAGGUGGCAUCGAGGGCUUGGAGCUUCUUGAGCAGUGGAAGGAGGAAGAACGUAAGAAGAAGCGGGUUGAGAAGGGUCUUCCGUCUGAUGCAGAAGACGACGAAGAUGAGGACGAUGAAGCCGAUUGGGACGCCUGGAAUGUGGAGGAUGACGAGGACAGCGAUGAUUCCGGUGGCUGGAUUGAUGUCCAAAGCGACGCUGAAAUCGAUCUGAGCGACUCGGACGACGAGAAGGACGUCCGCCCAUCGAAGAAGGCCAAGCAGGACGACAGCAAUGAGGAGAAUGUCAACCCCGAGACCGCGCAAGCUAAAUCAGAGACUCAAAAGCAAAAUAUUGCAACCACUCGUAUUCUUACCCCGGCAGAUCUGGCGAAGCUCCAAGAGUUACGUACUCAGGCAGCUAUCGACUCACUCGUUCCAGGCGCUAAAGGGCGCCGUGGUCAGACUAACGCUUCUCGCCACAAGGAUGAUCCCCUGACAGCUGAAGAGAUUGAAGGACUGGCCGCUUUGUCUGCCGGAAAGGCGACUCGCGAAGAACGAAUUGCUCAUGCUAAGGAAGGAAAGACUGACCGUGCUGACCAUAAAAGUGUCACCGCGAAGAGGAAGGAACGCAAGGAAGAACAAGGCAAGAGCAGUACAAAUAAAGAAAAGGCUCGUAGAAAGAACUUCUUCAUGACUUUGGGCAAAGCAAGGAGCAAGGGCAAGAGGAGUCUAGUGGAGACUCGCAAUAUAUUGAAGGCCCACCAAGAUCGACAGAAGCGUGGUGGCCGGAGAGGAAACAAUGGCUAGGAGCAGAUAGAUGUGAUUAUGUUUUCAGUUGGUACUUGUUAUAGUUUUGGAUCAGUAUAUAAAGCGAUAUUAGGUCCCUCGACCUGAGGUUGUCUGCUGUAGAUAUAUUCAUGUGCACGGAGUAUUUAGAUGCAGUGGACCAAGAGUCCAAAACUGAAGUCUCUAUUAGCACGAGGAUUUUUUUUGCAUAACUCUUGAGUAGUUCACUUCCAAUAAAACCAGUCCAACCACAUACAAAGUACAUAUCUAAGUUGACGCUGGUCAGA